CCCUCGGCCCGCGGGGUUCCAGGGCGGUUGGCCGGCACGGUCACGGCCACGGCCACGGCCACUGGGAGCUGCGCCGGGUUGAGAGGGAGGAGCGGAAAGUUGUUUGGACCCGCCCAUGGACUCCAAGGCUCAAACUCCAAAACGGAGCCAGCCCUGCACCUGCUGACAGCACCGAACUGGGCUUCAGCGUGUGGUAACCCCAACACCUAUAGAAGAAACUAUGGGCCUCCGGCGGUGGCUGUUACCCUCCCGCCACAGCUUCUAGCUUCUUGGAACUGAGCUGAAAGGAGGGGCGAAGGAGCGUAGAGAAGCGUCCUAGUUGCCAUGGAAACGGGGCCCAGCUCCCACAUCAACUUUGAAACACACAACACUGAAAUUUGCCCUCCAGGAUUACUAGUGUUUGCUGGCUGCUCGGAACAAGAUUACAACUUGGCUAAGCAGUUCUGGCUCAGAGCGUCGAUGUAUCCCACUAACGAAUCUCAGCUGGUGCUGACAAAAGCCAGCAGUCAGCGUUUGCCUGUUGCAGGGUGCUCUAAGGGUACUACUGGCUCAGAGAAAAGUGGCAUUCAGCCUCCUUUUGAGACGAACGAGAGUGCUGAUUUUAUUGCUGAAGCCCUAAGGAUUCAGGAAGCUGAGGAGAAACAAAAGUAUCUCCAAAAGGCUAAAAAGAGAGAUGAGAUUCUCCAACUCUUAAGAAAACAAAGAGAAGAAAGGAUCUCGAAAGAAUUGAUUUCCCGUCCUUAUAAACUUAAAGAAAAAGUACAGGACAAAAAGCCAGUGUUAUCGGAGUCAGAUAAAAAAGACCAAGAAGAAGUCAAAGCCUUGAACUGAUUUAACUGACUCAUAGUGGAAGAUGGCUUACAUCAGGAUCAAAGCUAAAACAAAGAAAUUAAAGAUUUGAGGUCUCUAGGAAUUUUACCAGCUUUUGAACACGUUUUAAAAUAGAUUAAGAAAUAAAAGUUAAAUAUGCA